CGGAGUGACCGAGCGGAACAUAACAUUCUCGUUCUGCUCCUCAGAAAAAACGAAGAAACCGGGCCAGACCAUCGACACUACGGCUGCAACAUCACCACAGCCGUACGACACACCGCACGACCGGGCGACAGGCGGCUGAUAACCGGCAACGCCUACCAGACAGCGCGGGACAUCGCCCAUAUAAGCAAAGAGCAGACUGGGAGCCAGCGCAGUCCGGCGGAGUGACCGAGCGGAACAUAACAUUCUCGUUCUGCUCCUCAGAAAAAACGAAGAAACCGGGCCAGACCAUCGACACUACGGCUGCAACAUCACCACAGCCGUACGACACACCGCACGACCGGGCGACAGGCGGCUGAUAACCGGCAACGCCUACCAGACAGCGCGGGACAUCGCCCAUAUAAGCAAAGAGCAGACUGGGAGCCAGCGCAGUCCGGCGGAGUGACCGAGCGGAACAUAACAUUCUCGUUCUGCUCCUCAGAAAAAAACGAAGAAACCGGGCCAGACCAUCGGCACUACGGCUGCAACAUCACCACAGCCGUACGACACACCGCACGACCGGGCGACAGGCGGCUGAUAACGGGCAACGCCUACCAGACAGCGCGGGACAUCGCCCAUAUAAGCAAACAGCAGACUGGGAACCAGCGCAGUCCGGCGGAGUGACCGAGCGGAACAUAACAUUCUUGUUCUGCUCCUCAGAUGAAUAACAAGAACAUGAUGACCUUUCAUCGCGAAUUUGUGUCUGUAGUCACGCAGCCAAUUGACGACGACUUCCAGAAGCUCGUUGUUGGGUUUCCCGACGGCGCCAACGUCCUUGCAGCCUACCCAGAGAUCGCCGACAACGACUGUCCUGUGGAGCCGGGAUGCCAGCUCCCUUUGGCGAUGGAAACUGUGGCGAAGACCAUUGGGGACAAGCUCGAGAAAGGCACAUACAGGACCACAGAAUUCUUCACGACCAAAUUUAUUUUCUCCAACACGUCCAAGAGUCUGUUGCUGGCCAGCGGGAAGUGCGGCCAGUGCGCCCGGUUUAUCAUUCGAUCCGUCGCCAAAGUGCAAGGGAUACAAGAGUUCCUCAAAAUUGGCGAGUGGACCCCCGCCGUUGGGCUAAAGAUGACCCACAAGCAAUUUUUUCCCGGAAUCAUGGGCAACCUCGGGGGAAUCAGGCUGACUAUCGGCGUCAUCAACGAUCCGCCGAUGUCGGUUGUCGAAAUGUCGCCGGACCGCAAGACCGUCAAGAACGUUACCGGCACAAUGGCUGACAUGGUUGAGGCGUUGGCAAAAGGACUUAACUUCACGUACACGUGGAAGGUGCCCAAAGAAGAGAUUCCGGGCUCCAAAGAAAACGGCAACUGGAACGGCCUGAUUGGAAUGCUGGCAACGGGGGAAGCGGACCUCGGGGCAUAUGGAUUCUCAGUCACAAAGGAGCGCUCGGAGGUCGUCAACUUCACAUCGGCAUACGACGAGUCGCCGUACAAGAUUCUCGUCCCAAAGCCUCGAGCAAACUACAAGUACCUUUUCCUCGACCCCUUCACGUGGGACACUUGGGUUGCUGUGCUUGUAUCGCUCGUGCUGAUUGGUCCUAUCCUCUGGGGGAUUCACUGUGCCAGUCCCUUCUACGACUACCAUGGUCUCCGCGAUAACAAGGGACUUUUUCUUCUCCAAAACUGCGAGUGGUACUGCUUUGGUGCAAUCAUCCAACAAGGUGGCAUCCAUCUCCCGGAGGCCAUCUCCGGCAGGAUCUUGGUGGGCUUCUGGUGGCUGUUCGUCAUCGUCACCUUGACCACAUACAGCGGCAACCUGGUGGCCGACCUCACCUUCCCAAAAAUACGGAAUCCCGUAGACAGUGUCGAAAACCUGGUGGCGCAUCGCGGCUACAUGCGCUGGGGAGCCUUCAAGGGACAGGCUGUUUUCGAGCUUCUCAAGAGUCAGGAGCAGGGUCCGCUCAAGGUUCUUUCUGAUCGGAUGAACGUGUUCGAGCCGAACCACGAGAUGUGGGUACUGGACCAAGUGAGGCUGGGCUACAUGGCGCUUAUCGGCAGCGAGGUCAACAUGUUCCACUACCUCGGGAGGGAACUCAACAGAACUGGAGAAUGUGACUUUGCUGUGGCCCGGGGCGAGGUCAUCCGAGACGUCAAGUCGCUCGCCGUCGCUCCAAACUUCGCCUUCCUCGAAAGGCUGAACAACGAGCUGAAACGGCUUGUCGAAUCAGGCCUGGUGAUGCGCUGGAAAAAAAAGUACUGGCCCCAGGACAACGAGUGCACGGUGGAAUCCAAGCCACAGGCCGGCGACAUCCGCAAGAUCACUUUGCGCCACAUGACCGGCUCCUUUUGGGUGCUGGGAGUAGGCUUUUUCUCCUCCUUCGCGGCCCUCUUCGUCGAAUUUGUGCGCCGGAAGAGAGAACUGACGGCGCCGCCGACCCACAAGCCCCCGACAGUCAUCCACACCAAGAGCCCCUUCUUCACAAGAACCGAAUACUCGGGCAAGGACACGCUGACCACGGACCGCUUCGCCACCGACUACGGAGGCCGGGGACCGAGGGACAACGCGGGCUUCGCCUUCAGUCCGCCCAACAGCCCGUUCCGCUAUAACGGCUACCCCAACAACCGAAGUGACCUGAUCCCGUACAACUACCCAGCACGGCGGUACUAAGCAACGUCCGAACCCCGCUGAAUCCGAGGGCCACGGCUGCAGCCCAGACAGCACUAUUUUCACUUUGUAGGCCUGUAGAUGUUUGCAGUGUCCUCAUCACACGAUGACACUUUAAAUGAGAUUGGUAAAGAGAGGGGGGAGGGAUCAGUGAUCUGAGAGGCAAUAUGUUGACGUUCUUGAAAACUUUGAGUCAGGCAAGUAGACGAUGGACAGCGCUGGAAAUGGAUGGACAGCGCUGGCAAUGUCUCGAAGACAGCAUACAUAUUUCAGGUCUAACAUUCAAAAGAGUAUUUAUAAAGCUAAGGAGCAUCCUUGUGUGAAAAGUGAAAGAGAACGCUUCAGAUGACCCAUAGACCCAUAUAUUGUUCAAAGAUAAGUUAAAGAACGCUCUUUACUUAGGCACAUACAGAGUUGGCACAGGGAAGGCUUACAGUUUGCAGACGGCAUAACUGAAAGCAUGUCUUCACGAAGAAAGAAAUGAACUUUGGAAGUGAAAUUAAGCUCUCUGUGUUGCAAUACAUGCGUCAGUGAUCCGACUAUCGAUUCCGAUAGUUCAAGCUUGUCCGUCGAGCAACUGCCGUUUAAGGUUGCGCUUUCACAGCUGAGAUUUUUCAAAAGGUUUUUGGUUUAGUUUUUAAAAACAAAAACAAAAAAGAGGAAUGAAUUGCUCUGUAAAAUUAUUGAAGUUUUAGUGAGCUUGUCGGGGCAACGUAUCAUAAGUCAGUAAGAAAAAAUUAACUGAGAUAAGGAGAAUCUUAAAAAUUGCAACGAGCCAAGUGUCUUUUUCUUAAAAACGUACAAUUUGCGUAUUUUCCAGGCCAUGGACUUUACAUGCUUGAAAGUUUUCGGCUGUGCAGACUAUCUACCCGUGCAGACUCUAUUUGGUUUUUCAAGAUGGUCCAGUAUGACGAGACAUGACGGAUUUUGUGAAGAAAAAUGUAGGUUAUUUAUGUAUAAUACAAGGUUCUUUGCGAUUUAAGAAAGCAGAUGUUUGUCAAGGUGUGCCGUGUAGGAGAAGCUUUUCGUGUCGACUAAGCACCAGGUUUGGACUAUGCACGGCGUGCGGACUAUCUAAGCAAAAACGUUUUUUCGGCAUAAAUUGUCCCCUGCGAACUACACACGGGUGCGAACUAUAGCCCAGAAAAUACGAGGCCAGUUUUCCCAUAAAUGUAAUGACCCCAUAGCGCUAUGCUGUUUAAAAUACAAAAUACUAAGUCCUAGUAUUUUUAUAAACUCUUUUUAAAUGAAAAUUUUUGCGAAAGUCUAUUUCGCAUUUAAAAUAUUCGAAAACUACAUUUAUAAGACAUGUAGCAUGGUGCCGGAAAAUGGCAUCGUGAAAUUUAUGUGGAAAUAAUUUUUAAUCGUUAGUAUAUCUUAGAAAUAAAAUCACCAUUUUAAAUUACAAAUUUUCUUGGAGAAGCGUCAAAUUUAUGUGCACCUUCAUUAAUUUUUUUUUU